GAAGGGGCGGCUAAGCCCAGCGCAGUGGCCACCCGUCCACCAAGGGCCCGCGAGCAGCCGCGGAAGAAGGCCGGCCUCACGUCCUCCCUGAGGAUGGAGCCGCACAGCCGUUCCGCCAGGAGCAGGAAGUCCACAAAGCUCCGCUCCAUCUCCCGGUCCCUGAUCCUCUGCAACGCGAAGACCAGUGACGACGGCUCCAGCCCCGACGAGAGGUACCCGGACCCCCUCGAGGGGUCGCUGGGCCAGGGCAGCGAGGGGCUUUUCCACUCGCCGGAGCAGCUGGCCGACACGUCGGAGGCCGGGCCCCGCAGCGCGCCUGACCUGGCGCCGUCCCCCGAGGCCCCUGCUCUCCCCGCGGCCGGCGAUGGAGGCAGGACCUGCCGGAGGAUGUUCUUCCUGAAGGAAGCUCCUACAACUUCCUCUCGAGAAAAGUCCGGAAAACCUGAAGCGCAGAGUAGUAGCUUCCUGCUCCCCAAAGCCUGUCACCAAAGGACACGCAGCAACUCGACCAGCGCGAACCCCGACUGCACCGCGGAGGCAGGCUUCCCGGCGGCCAGGGACACCGGCGCUUCCGCAGACCGGCCGCCCUGUGCCCUGUGCAGCAGCAGGAAGUCUCUGUCCCAGCAGCUGGACUCCCCUGCAGGGAAGGCUGGGGGCCCGUCCAGACCCACGCGGUCCCUGAGCACCGCCCAGCUCGCCCCGCCCUCGGGGGGCCUCCAGGCGUCUGUCAUCUCCAACAUUGUGCUGGCCAAGGGCCAGGCCAAGGGCCUGGGCUUCAGCAUCGUCGGGGGGCAGGACAGCAUCUACGGCCCCAUCGGGAUCUACGUCAAAACCAUCUUCGCGGGGGGCGCCGCGGCCGCCGACGGCCGGCUACAGGAAGGCGAUGAGGUCCUGGAGCUCAACGGCGAGUCCAUGGCCGGGCUGACUCACCAGGGCGCCCUGCAGAGGUUCAAGCAAGCCAAGAGGGGGCUGCUCACGCUCACCGUCAGGACCCGCCUGACGGCCCCCCACCCCCUGAGCUCCCCGCUGUCGCCCCCGCUGGGCCGCUCGCUGAGCUCCAGCACCUGCGUCGUCGCCAAGGGCAGCCGCUCCUUCCUCCUGGAGAACCCCGAGCCUCCUGCAGGCACCAAGCCCAACUACAGAGUCAUGGUGGAGGUGUCUCUGCAGAAAGAGGCCGGCGUGGGUCUGGGCAUCGGGCUGUGCAGCGUCCCCCACUCCCAGUGCGUCUCCGGCAUCUUCGUGCACACGCUGUCCCCAGGCUCGGUGGCGCAUCUGGACGGGAGACUCCGGUGUGGCGACGAGAUUGUGGAGAUCAACGACGCCCCCGUGCACUGCAUGUCGCUCAACGACGUCUACGCAGUCCUGAGCCACUGCGACCCGGGCCCCGUCCCCAUCAUCGUCAGCCGACACCCAGACCCACAGGUGUCCGAGCAGCAGCUCAAAGACGCUGUGGCCCAGGCUGCGGAGACGCUGAGGUUUGGGAAGGAGCGGCAGCCGUGGAGUCUGGAAGGUGUCAAGAGGCUGGAGGGCAGCUGGCACGGGCGGCCGACCGCGGAGCAGGAGCAGGAGCAGCAGCAGCGGGCGGCGGCCCCGCAGCGCAGACCUCCGAGGACCAUGAUGCGCUCCAGCAGCGACGGCGGCCCCGAGCAGCCCCCCCAGGACAGCCAGGAGCACCCGCCCCUGAGACUGAAGAAGUCUUUUGAGAUCUUCGUGAGGAAGCCUACGUCGUCCAAGCCCAAGCCCCCCCCCAGGAAGUACUUCAAGAGCGACAGCGACCCGCAGGGGAGCGUGGACAGCGGCCCCGACCUGCUGGAGGCUGCCGUGUCCACACAGGCUCACUUCCUGUUGACACCACAGGAAGCCGGAGAGCUGCUGCCACCGCAGGAAGUCGCGGCGGCGAGGGCCCCCGGUGCCACCGGCCUGCAGACGGCGCCCCCCGCAGAGGAGCCGGGCAGCCCGGGCGGGACGGCGCAGCUCUUCCCGAAGGAAGGGCAGGGAGAAGCCCCCCAGCUUUGUGAGCAGAGCUCGGAGGACACGCCCCACCAGCACCGCCAGCCCUCGUCCCGUUUCCGCUCCCCAGCAACGCCCCCGAAACACCCGGUGCUGAAGCGGCAGGCGCGGGUGGACGGCGGCCCGGACGGCGCGGCCGAGGACCCCUGGGUGAGGAUCUCCGACUGCAUCAAGAGCCUGUUCAGCCCCAUCAUGAGUGACAGCCAUGGCCACGCGCCGCUGCAGCCCGCCAUCGGCCUCAGCGAAGACGGGACGCAGACCCCCUCCGCCGGGACGCCCCCCGAGCUGGACGGCGUGAACGGUGCCCCCCGGGCGUACAAGCCGGCGGACGGCGGCGUCGUGAAGAAGGGGCCUCCCGUGGCCCCCAAGCCAGCCUGGUUUCGCCAGAGCCUGAAGGGGCUGCGGCACCGCGGUCCAGAGCCCAGGCCACCGCCCGCAGCCGCCCCCCCGAAGCCCACGCCGGCCCCCCGGGAGCACCAGGGGCCCCACACGCGGGCCUCCAGCUCCAUCAGGCAGAGAAUCAGCAGCUUCGAGACGUUCGGCUCCUCUCAGUUACCUGACAGGGGGGCCCGGAGACUGAGCCCCCCGGCCCCCAGCGCCGAGGCCGAGAGGCCUCCUGGGAAAGGAGGAGGAGGGGGUCCUGGCCUCUCAAGAGGGGCUCCCCCCACCACGGAGCAGCCGUGCCCUGGCUCCCCUCCAGCCGCGGAGACUCAGGACCCGGGUGUGUCAGACACCCCUCCCCUGGGGCGGCUGCCCAGAGAGCGAGCCCUCACCGCUGACCCCUUGCUGAGGCUGCUGACCACGCACACCGUGGACUCGGCGGGCGCGGGGGUCAAGACGCCCAGCCAGCGGGCCCGCAGCUUCCCGCUGACCAGGACACAGUCGUGCGAGGCGCAGCCCGGGGACGACAGGGCCGGCAGGCUGCACGCCAUCAGCAGCCAAGUGUCCUCCGCGGUCAUGAGGUCCCUGCUGUGCCUGCCCUCGUCCCUGUCCGGAGGCCAGAGCCCCUGCAGCCCCAAGGACGGGGCGCCUGCCGCGCCCUGGCCCAGCCGAGACCCGCCUGCCGGUGCGGACACAGGGUUCUCGCUCAACCUCUCGGAGCUGAGAGAAUACACGGAGGGGCUCAGCGAGCCCACAGGGGCCGGGGACUGCGGCCCCGCGUCCGGCCAGUCGGUCAUCUCCCUGCUGAGCGCUGAGGAGCUGAAGAACCUCAUCGAGGAGGUGAAGGUUCUGGACGAAGCGACGCUGAAGCAGCUGGACAACAUCCAUGUCACCAUCCUGCACAAGGAGGAGGGGGCUGGCCUUGGCUUCAGCCUGGCGGGGGGCGCGGACCUGGAGAACAAGGUGGUCACGGUGCACAGGGUGUUCCCCGACGGGCUGGCCUCGCAGGAAGGGACCAUCCAGAAGGGCAAUGAGGUUCUGUCCAUCAACGGCAAGUCCCUCAAGGGGGCCACCCACAGCGACGCGCUGGCCAUCCUGCGCCAGGCCCGCGACCCCAGGCAGGCUGUCGUGGUCUCCAGGCGGCCGGCGCUGGAGGCCACGCCCGACCUGGACCCCUCCGCGGACGCCUCGGCCUCCGUGGCCAGUGCCGCCUCGGCAGAGCCGGCAGAGGCCGCGGUCCGCACGCUGGCGCUGACGCUGGAGAAGACCUCCGCGGGGCUGGGCUUCAGUCUGGAAGGCGGCAGGGGCUCCCUGCACGGGGACCGGCCGCUCACCGUCAACCGGAUCUUCACAGGGGCGGCCUCAGGACAGACGGAGACCGUGCGGCCAGGGGACGAGGUCGUGCAGGUGGCCGGCACGGCCGUGCAGGGCCUCACCCGCUUCGAAGCCUGGAACGUCAUCAAGGCGCUGCCCGACGGGCCGGUCCCCGUCCUCCUCAGGAGGAAGAGCCCGCAGGGGGCCCCGGCCGCCGCAAACCCUUAGGCACAGCCGGACGCCAGGGCCCACCGCACCCGCUCUCUCAGGGUCCCUGCCAGCCCCACCCGGGGGGCCCCCAGCCGGAGGGCUGUCCCACCGGGCGGGCAGAGGCUCAGUGGGGUGGCUGCCACGGACCACGAACUGUGUACAGGGCUCUGUGAAUAAAGUGGAGGGCGUGUCGCCGUCUGACGACGUCUGGUCCUGCUCUGGAGACCCCCGAGCGUCAGGAAGGGGUGUGACGCCCUCCCCAGACAGCCACACGCUCGCCC